AUGGCCAAGUCACUGAAUCUUUCCGCUGCCUUUGCCUUACUCUUCCUAGCGGCCACGGUCCGAGCCGGUGACCCUGAACUUAUCUCUGACUUUGCCGUCCCCGAAGGGGUGGACGGAAGCAAGCUCGACGGGGUGUUCUUCACCUACACCGGCCUCCGGGGCCGGGCUCCAUCCUCUAGCGUUGGCCUCGGCCGCAAGUCGGUGUCGGUUAAGGAGUUCCCCGCCCUCGGUGGCAUGGGGCUCUCCAUGGAACUCCUCGAGUUUGCGCCCGGGGCAGUCAACGUGCCGCAUGUGCACCCUCGUGGGGGGGAGAUCCUCUUCGUGCUGGACGGCGCGUUGACGGUGGGAACCGUGGACACCACCGGGAAGCUGUACAAGAAUGACUUGCAGAAGGGAGAUGUUUUUGUUUUCCCAAAGGGGUUGGCUCACUACCAAGCUAACUUCGACAAGAGCAACAAGGCCCUGGUGAUAUCGGCAUUCGGGAGCUCGAACGCCGGCGAGCUGUCGCUACCAAAGAGCCUGUUCGGGUCAAGCGUGCCGGACGAGGUGCUCACGAAGGCAUUCAAGGUGUCUGCGGACACCGUGCAGCAGCUCAAGAGUGGGCAGAACUGA